GUGACCAGCGCCAUGUCCAGCCAGGUGGUGGGCAUUGAGCCUCUCUACAUCAAGGCAGAGCCAGCCAGCCCCGACAGCCCAAAGGGUUCCUCGGAGACCGAAACCGAGCCCCCAGUGGCCCUGGCCCCUGGCCCAGCUCCCACCCGCUGCCUCCCAGGCCACAAGGAAGAGGAGGAUGGGGAGGGGGCUGGGCCUGGCGAGCAGGGUGGUGGGAAGCUGGUGCUCAGCUCCCUGCCCAAACGCCUCUGCCUGGUCUGUGGGGAUGUGGCCUCCGGCUACCACUAUGGCGUGGCGUCCUGUGAGGCCUGCAAAGCCUUCUUCAAGAGGACCAUCCAGGGGAGCAUCGAGUACAGCUGUCCGGCCUCCAACGAGUGCGAGAUCACCAAGCGGAGACGCAAGGCUUGCCAGGCCUGUCGCUUCACCAAGUGCCUGCGGGUGGGCAUGCUCAAGGAGGGAGUGCGUCUGGACCGUGUGCGGGGAGGGCGGCAGAAAUACAAGCGGCGGCCAGAGGUGGACCCACUGCCCUUCCCGGGCUCCUUCCCUGCGGGACCCCUGGCGGGAGCUGGAGGCCCUCGGAAAACCGCCCCAGUAAAUGCACUGGUGUCCCAUCUGCUGGUGGUUGAGCCUGAGAAGCUGUAUGCCAUGCCUGACCCAGCGGGCCCUGACGGACACCUCCCGGCCGUGGCUACCCUCUGUGACCUCUUUGACCGAGAGAUCGUGGUCACCAUCAGCUGGGCCAAGAGCAUCCCAGGCUUCUCGUCACUGUCCCUGUCUGACCAGAUGUCAGUGCUGCAGAGCGUAUGGAUGGAGGUCUUGGUGUUGGGCGUGGCCCAGCGCUCGCUGCCACUGCAGGAUGAGCUGGCCUUCGCCGAGGACCUGGUCCUGGAUGAAGAGGGAGCGCGAGCAGCGGGCUUGGGGGAGCUAGGGGCUGCCCUGCUGCAGCUGGUGAGGCGACUACAGGCCCUGAGGCUGGAACGUGAGGAGUAUGUCCUGCUGAAAGCCCUGGCCCUUGCCAAUUCAGACUCUGUGCACAUCGAGGAUGCCGAGGCCGUGGAGCAGCUGCGAGAAGCUCUACACGAGGCCCUGCUGGAGUACGAAGCAGGCCGGGCGGGCCCCGGAGGGGGUGCCGAGCGGCGGCGGGCAGGCAGGCUGCUGCUCACAUUACCACUCCUUCGCCAGACAGCGGGCAAAGUGCUGGCCCAUUUCUAUGGGGUGAAGCUGGAGGGCAAGGUGCCCAUGCACAAGCUCUUCUUGGAGAUGCUCGAGGCCAUGAUGGACUGAGGCAAGGGGUGGGCAUGGGUGGGGGUGCUGGCAGGACCCGCCCAGUAUGGGGUCAGCCCCAAGGGGGCAGAGCUGGGGUCUGGGCAGAGCCACAGCCUGCUGGCAGGGCCAGGGCAAUACCAUCAGCCCCUGGGAGCAGGCCCUGCGCCCUCCCCUCCCCCCUCCCAGGGGGUCUUCGAAGCUGGGAACGUGUGUGUCCAGGCUCUGGGCACAGUGCUGUCCCUUGCAAGCCAUAACGUGCCCCCAGAGUGUUAAGGGGGCCUUGCGGAAGCCAUAGGGGGCUGCAGGGGACGUAUGUGGGGGGGAGCAGAAGCCUGAUCUCAGGGAGGGAAGGGAGUGGAGGCCACAGUCUCCCAGUGGGUGAUGCUUUUGCUGCUGCUUAAUCCAACCCUCUCUCCAGAGCAGAGGGGUUUUUGGAGAGCAAAGGCCCCUGCCCCCUUCGCUCCUCUCCUCAUCAUUUGCAUUGGGCAUUACUGCCCCCCCUUG